AUGACGACUACGAGAGCGCCGGCACCACCAGAUGCGGCUGUGGCUGCGCCGAGACUGCCGCAGAGGAGGAGGCAUGGCACAAGUGCUGCGAGCGCUGCUGCGGGCCUGCAAACCCAGGAGGCGAUGCGAGAUGCACAAGAAGCUCGGCGGUCCGGGAACGAGGUUCCACGAGACGAACGCCUGCUGACGCCCUCACCACCAAGCGAGGAGACACUGCGGGCGGCGUCGGUGGAGGAGAUCGUGGCGGCGCUUGUGACGGUCCGAGAUGCUCGGGGAUGGAGCUUCCACGGCCAGGAGAUCGAUCGUCACGAAAGAAUCAUACAGCUCGUUGGCCAUCUCCUGUCGGCGCGGCACCAAGCACCGACCCCCUUUCUGUACGAGUGCCUCAUGGACGCCAUGGCCGAUCCGCAAGGAUCCGUCUGGGGGAUCCGCAAGCUCCUCGACGACAUGGCGUCGCACAACGUGAAGCCCACAGCGGCCGUCUGUCAAAGUGCGCUGGCCGCGCUCGCAAACCACCCGGACUACGCGCUGCGGCAGGAAACACUCGACACCAUGCAGGAAUUCUGGUUCCCAGUCGACACCUCGGCGAGACAGAGCGUUGCCCUGGGUCUCUUGCGCGACGAGCAGUACGAGUUGGCCUUUGCGCGGCUCACCGACAUGAUGGAACAAGGGGCACGCAUUGACGUCUGGGUGUUGGAUAUUUUCGUCAUGGUCUUUGGCAAGUUGGGCUUUUUGGACGAGAUGAUGUCCCUCCUGUACCGACGCAAGAAGAUGCAGAGCGAGGACAUGGCCAUGGCAAGCAUCCUCUACUACGCGCUGGACGUGUGCAGCUCGGCCUUUCACUACACCGGCACGCUCUUUGCCUGGAACGUCGUGGUCAGAGGCUCUCUCCUGCAGCCAGCGGACGGGAUAGUGGAAAACGUCCUCGCAACGGCCGCACGGCACGGCGAUGCCUCUCUGGCGACGGAGGCACUGGACACGAUAUCGCAGCGGACGAGGGUCCUCGCGCACCACUACGAGGCGGUAGCAGAGGCCUUCGCCGCAUCCGGCGACGUGGCGGGCGCACUUCGAAUCCUGUGCAUCAUGAAGAAGAACGGGAUACGGAUCGCUCGAGGCAACACGAGAGCGGUGUACGAGGCGCUCCGACGGCAACCCAAGCUCACCCGCGACGCCGAGACGGCCCUCCGCGCCAUGGCACGCGAUGAGCAGCUCCCCGUCGCGGUCGUCGGAGUCGUGGUCGAAGCCGUCGCCGACGCGCAGGGCUCCGAGGCGGCCAUGGACCUCUACCGCCACGUGCCUGCGCUCUGUGGUGAAGCGGCCAACGCGGCCAUGAUGCAAACCCUCAUCAUCAACAGCCCCGACGAGGAAACCACUCGCUCCCUUGCCAGGGACUAUACUGCCCACGUCGCGGAGGACGAUGACCCCGCUCGAGACGCCCACGUGUACGGAGCCCUCGUGGCAAAGGUCGCGGAAGCGGGGGAGCUGGGAUUGGCAUUCCGCUUCGCUGACAAGGCCCUGGCGGGCAUCGGCGGCUUGGAGACGAGGCAGCUGGCGUGGGUCAAGGUGCUGUUGACAAAGGCGGCCGAGGUGGAGGACGGAAGAAUAUGGGGCGUCGUGGAUGCGUUGAAGAAGGAUGAGCACACGGCGGCUCUGGUGGAGAGACUGCUGAGACGGAUGAGAAUCACGAAGAGGGCUGCUGGUCUGAAGACGUGA